CAAGUAAGAAGCAAGUAAGAAGCAGCUGUAUCAAGCCCUGAGGAUAGCCUUAGACAACGGAAACAACUGGACAAACAAACCGGCAGACCUUUCACUCUGACAUAGCGAACCCUCCCACAAUGCAUCUGAAGCGUCAUCUGUUAACUCUGGCCAUUGUUGUGAUCGUAUACUCCCACUACAGUAGCGCAGAAAACCCCUGUUGUUCCUUCCCCUGUCAAAACGGUGGCAUCUGCCUGACCACCGGUCAUACCUCUUAUACCUGUGACUGCAGUGGACUCGAAUACUAUGGAGACUACUGCGAACAUCCCACAUUCUGGAAGAGGGUGAAGCUGAUGUUGAAGCCGGAUCCCGAACAACUCCAUCACAUCCUCGUCAACUACAAAUGGCUUUGGAGCAUAAUCAACAAUGUCUCAUUUCUCAAGAAUGCUGCCAUGAAGAGAGUUUACACAAUGCGGUCCCAUAUGGUCGACAGUCCCCCUGUGUUUGAAUCUGACCAUGAGUACGCAACGUUCGAUGCUGUUGGCAACUACUCCUACUACACACGGACAUUACCCCCAGUGCCACGAGAAUGCCCGACUCCCAUGGGGGUCAAAGGUAAGAAGACCUUGCCCGAUGUGGACUACAUGAUAAAGAAGUUCUUCACACGGACCAAGUUUCUGCCCGAGCCCAUGGGUAGCAAUGUCCUCUUCUCCUUCUUUGCUCAGCAUUUCACCCACCAGUUCUUCAAGACGGACCUCAAGAUGGGGCCUGGCUUCACAUGGGGUGGCCAUGGGGUGGAUGUCUCUCAUGUUUAUGGAAAAGAUAAAGCAAGCGAAAAUUCAUUGAGAAGUUUUAAAGAUGGAAAAAUGAAAUCACAGAUGGUAAAUGGGGAGGAAUUUCCCCCCUACCUGAAAGACGCCCCGGUACCCAUGACCUACCCCCCCAACACACCUGAACAACUCAAGUUUGCCCUUGGACACCAGUUCUUCGGCCUUCUGCCAGGUCUGUUCAUGUACGCCACAGUGUGGCUACGAGAACACAACCGGGUUUGUGAAGUCUUGAAACAGGAGCAUCCUGAAUUUGAUGAUGAAAGACUCUUCCAGACAGCAAAGUGGAUCAUUUUAGGUGAGACAAUUAAGAUUGUGAUAGAAGACUACGUGCAGCACUUGAGCAACUACAACUUCAAGCUGAUGUUCAAACCGGAGCUGUUGUUUGGAGAGAGCUUCCAGUACCAGAACCGUAUCGCAGUUGAAUUCAACCACCUGUACCACUGGCAUCCCCUCAUGCCCUCCGAGUUCAACGUCAGUGGCAGCAUCGUACCCAUGAAAGACUACGUUUACCAUUCGGAGCUGGUUGUGAAAAAUGGCCUUGCGAACUUCGUAGAUUCAAUGACCAGGCAGAGAGCUGGAAUGAUGAGCCGUUAUAAUCACGGACCCAUGACACAGCCUGUGUUAAAACAAGCUAUUCUUCAUGGGAGGACGCUUAGCUUCCAGUCCAUGAACCAGUACAGGAAGAGAUUUGGAAUGAAAGCAUACACAAGUUUUGAAGAAUUAACAGGUGAAAAGAAAAUAGCGAAGGAAUUAGAAGAGCUAUAUGGAGAUAUUGACGCAGUGGAGUUCUAUGUUGGACUCAUGUUAGAGAAAAGAAGAGAAAAAGCCUUAUUUGGUGGAGCGUUUGUGGAAAUUGGAGGCCCAUAUUCCGUGAAAGGACUAAUGUCAAACACGAUUUGCAGUCCCAAACAUUGGAAGCCAUCUACAUUUGGCGGCCAGACAGGGUUCGAUAUUGUGCAAACAGCUACGCUAGAGAAACUGUUCUGUCAAAACAUUAAGGGACCCUGUCCGUACAUCUCAUUCCGAGUGCCAGAUUAUGUGGAGGGAGACGUGGACGAGGAGUUGUCGUCAUGCCAAAAUGGAUGUCAUCAAGAACUGUAGGCCUUGGUUUGAAUCCAAAUUGUUUUUCAGGGAAUUUUGUAAUGAAAAGAUGAAUGAAUGUAUGCUGUUUGUGUGACAGAGGUUUAUUACCAAUUGAUGAAGUAUACAGUAAAAUGUUUAUACAAAGCUGAACAGAUAACAAUUUUUUUUUUUUUAAAAAUAACAAUUAAAUAUUUUCAGAAUUUGAAAUGAUUCUGGUGUGAAAGAAGAUAGUAAGUUAAUGAAUGCUGGACAACUAAAAUAAGCUAAAUAACUUGUAUAACAGCUAUCUUGCCAAAUAUAAGUUAUACUGUUUUCCUAAGUGCAUAUAUUACAGUAUCCAGUACAUUCCAGCUUUUACUGCCAGUUAUUCACCACCUGUGAUAGAUCAUAAGUUGUAGUGAAAGUAGUAUCAAUUUUGAAACAUUCACAAAUUCUUGUUGCUUGUUUGGUAGGAAACUGCUUGUACAAAAUUUACCAAACAAGUGACAAAUAUUUAACCAACAGCUGUCUUGCCUAAAGCAGCAUCAAGCAUUUAGCAUGAAAUUAUGUUCAUGGUGUAUUUCUGCAAGUGUUCCAUGUUCAUGCUCACCGUUCUGUCAAUGUGUGCUUGUGUCUACAAUAUGGUUGUUAUAUUCUGUUUUUACAUGGCUGCAUUAUCUCCCUUUCAAGCCUGUGUGUAAAUAAGAUCAUCCAUUGUUAAAUAUUUAUUUAUCAUCAUAAACAUGCUAAAUGGGCAAUGUUCUGUUAUACAAUGUUGUGACUUAUAUCACGUAAAUUUAAUGGGCAUUUAAACAUCCUAAUUUAUUUAAACCCAUUUCGCUGACAUCACUAGAUUUUAUAUUUAUUCCACACAUACAAACGAGGAAAGACAUAUCCCUCAACACUGAGUCAAUAUGGCUGAAUGCAGCAUCAGCAAUUUUGCAGCGAGUCCCUCGAAACUACUGAUGUAUGUAGCAACGAGAAUAUCAAACUUGCAUUCCCAUUAUGUAUUAGUGAGUGAAUGCGGUUUCGCUGUUAGCAACGUCAUAGCAGCAUGUAAAAUAGUGUUCAUGUAGCAAACCGAUUUUGUACUAAAUUAUGUAUACAUCUUCAUAGUUUUAGAUUUAAAUUCCCAAGUAAAUCAGCUGUGCAGUGUGUGAAGUCAGUAGGAUGACUGGAAAAAUUCAAAUUAAUGAAGUUCAUAUCUGUUCAAUGCCAUACAUGGUGAUAUUUCUGUUAUAUGAUAGCAGUCUGUAUAUAACCGAGUCUGGACCAGACAAUCCUAUGACUGGCAUAUCAAUCAAUAUGCAGUUAAGAUGCCAUGCAUCAACAAAGACUUCAAACUUAACCUGAGCCAAUUAGUCACCCCAGGCUGCUGGGUGCUCCUUUCCCUUGACAAUAACGAUAUGGGUGCAGUUGUACAAAGCAACCUUAGCACUACACCAGUCGCAAGUCUCUGAUAAAGUAUGAGAGUUACGAUCACCUUAGCGCUAAACCAGUCAAAAGUCUCUGAUAAAGUAUGGGAGUUACGAUCACCUUAGCGCUAAACCAGUCAAAAGUCACGUACACCAGUCAAAAGUCUCUGAUAAGGUAUGGGAGUUACGAUCACCUUAAUGCUACACCAGUCCCAAGUCUCUGAUAAGGUAUGGGAGUUACGAUCACCUUAGCGCUAAACCAGUCACAAGUCUCUGAUAAGGUAUGGGAGUUACGAUCACCUUAGCGCUACACCAGUCACAAGUCUCUGAUAAGGUAUGGGAGUUACGAUCACCUUAACGCUAAACCAGUCGCAAGUCUCUGAUAAGGUAUGAGAGUUACGAUCACCUUAGCGCUAAACCAGUCGCAAGUCUCUGAUAAGGUAUGGGAGUUACGAUCACCUUAGCGCUAAACCAGUCCCAAGUCUCUGAUAAGGUAUGGGAGUUACAAUCACCUUAAUGCUACACCAGUCCCAAGUCUCUGAUAAGGUAUGGGAGUUACAAUCACCUUAGCACUACACCAGUCGCAAGUCCCUGAUAAGGUAUGGGAGUUACAAUC